CUUCCUUCUAUUUUCCUUUACUACCUCAUAAAACAUGGUGUGUAUUACUAUAUUCACAAAUAAAAUUUAUAUCAUUCCUUUAGUAUCCCACCAGAGAUGUCUGAAAUAACAACAACAAUCUCAGAACUACAUUAUGGCUGUCCGGGGACAGCAGUACAGGUCCGAAUUGUUCGUAUGUGGACACCACAGCUUAGAAAUCAAGAGACAUGGUUUUUAGCAGUUGACAAAAAUAUCCUCGGACAACGAAAAGAUCAAGGUUUUCUACAAUCCGUACUCCUACCUUCUAGAUGCUACAGAAUUGAGAAGUAUGGCUGCGGAAUUCCUGAUCGUUACCAAAACUGGCUCAAUAAUGAAAUUUACAUGGCUGUUGGAACAGCAUCCUCAAUUUCACCUCUUCCAGACACUGUCAUUAUUCCCAUACAUUGGUUUUAUAUAAUUACCAAAAGACAGAUACCAGAUUACAAAGAUCAACAUGCAGAUUUUGUUGGAAUCUUCAGUAAACUUAUCAACUGCACAAAAAAAGACAAUGAACCAUAUCUAUUGCUGAUACUAAAAAAUGAAUAUGGUGAAGAUAUUGCAAUAAGUUUAUGGAAAGAAUUCACCAGCACAUCUUCAAAAUUCGAUCGUAUUGCUCUUGAAACUGCUCCUGCACCUGUAAUAGUUGCCAUAACAAGUGUAAAGAUCUCAACUUAUGCAGGAACAUUACGACUUGGAACAAGUAGCGCCACUCAUAUAUACAUGAACCCACCAAUCCCAGAGACAAAACCGCUAAUCGACAGUUACAAUACAUUACCUGAAUCACCAAUUUUCUUGGAUCCCCCAAUACCAUUAUCAGAAAUAAUCCAGAAAAGCCAUUCUGAUCUUUCGGAUAAAACUCUUAUCACAAAGGCUUCCAUAGUUGAAUAUAUCUUCUCAGACUCCUGGUAUCAUGUUCAAUGCCCAAAAUGUAAGAUCACAACUUUUAAACAAGGCAAGAACUGGUUCUGUCCAUCAGAUGGCAUACUUGACUCUCCAUCCAGCACCUUCAAACUUAAUGCAAUCAUUAAAGAUAAAAGUUAUUCUAUGACUGUUGUACUGUCUGAUAGCGCAACACAAGAUUUAUUUGGCACAACAACAGAUAACCUUAGAUCAGAAAACAACAUAAAUGACAGAAAACAACUGCCACCAAUUGCUACCUGUUCACAAGGCACUCCUAAGAAAAUGAUGAUUCGGAUGACCAAUACAUCAACUGACAAUAACAUUCGCUUCAUUGUUACAAAUAUCGAAAAAACGGCUUCUGACAUACCAUCUUCCAUAACAACACCAGCUCCUAAUCGUCCAACUUCUUCCCAGAAUACUGAAAAGGAAAGUACUUCUCUGCACCAACAAGGCAAGCUAAACGUUAGAAGAUCACUUCCUUUUGAAAAUCCAGAUACACCUGCUACCAAAAGGAAGGUUGCCUGUAAAACAUAG